CAACAAACAAAAAAUGCAAUAUCCAUAGUUUCCUGCACUCUCGUUCUCGUUGCGGCAAUUGAAGGAAGACAGAGAUGGACCAGGGGAAAGAGGGAGUGAUGGUGGCGAAGCUGAUGCCAAAUCAGAAUCCGAUAGAGCAGGUGCAGGCCAGGUUCAAGGAAUUGGAAAACGGUUUCAAGUCGUGGUUGUCAAAGCAGUCUUUACCGGUGGAGGCUGCGGUAGUCACGGCCACCAGCGCAGCUCAGGGAGCAGCCAUCGGGGCCCUCAUGGGUACCCUUACCAACGACGUCUCCUCAUCUAUUCCCACUCCUCCCCCGCAGGCCUCGCUCAACCCUCAAGCCAUGGCCUCUCUCAAGCAAGCCCAGGCUCUCACUGGCGGUCCCUUUGUCCAAGCUCGCAAUUUCGCGGUCAUGACAGGUGUCAAUGCUGGCAUUUCUUGUGUAAUGAAGAGACUGAGAGGCAAGGAUGAUGUUCAAUCUAGCAUGGUCGCAGCUUUUGGUUCAGGAGCUAUGUUUUCAUUGGUGAGUGGAGUGGGUGGUCAAAACCAGGCUGCAAAUGCAGUCACUUCUGGACUUUUUUUCGCACUCAUUCAAGGUGGGCUUUUCAAGUUAGGACAAAAGUUCUCUCAACCACCUGCUGAAGAUGUGCACUAUGCCAGGACAAGAAGCAUGUUGUAUAAUCUUGGCCUCCAGAAUUAUGAGAAGAAUUUCAAGAAAGGCUUAUUAACAGAUAGCACGUUGCCAUUGCUUACUGAUAGUGCUCUGAGAGAUGUGAGAAUCCCUCCUGGACCGAGGCUUCUUAUUCUUGAUCACAUAUAUAGGGACCCGGAGCUGAAGGAGAGGCGAGGAAAUUGUAGUUGAACUUGGUUAGCUGUCAAAAACUGUUUUGUUUACAAGGAAAAUCUUAUGAGACUUGGAAAUAUUUUUGUCAUUUAGUUUUUAUUAUCGUUUUACUUAGUAUUAUGUUAUUUCUAGCCUAUGAGUGAGAACAAGUGAACAACUACAAUAAUCUGGGUUAAGUUACGUUUGUUUCCAAUUGCUGAAUAUGAGUGAUCUCUGCAAAGAGCAUUCGUACUACAUUAAUAUGCAUGAUUUGAUUGCAUUUUCAUGUCAAUGUUGAGGUGUUAAUACAAUGAUCUGAUUGCUUUU